AUGGAAGUAGAACAGGAAAACCAAAUUCCCUUCCUAGACGUGUUGGUUCGAAGAAACGGAGAUGUUUCUGAACCAACGUUCCUGGAUGAGGAGUUACAACAUCUUAAUCAGACCUUGACUGGGAAUGGGUACAACAGCAAGAACAUUAAUCAGAUAACCAAGAAAUUGAAGAACAAGAUCUCCAGUCCCAACGACACCAAAAAUCUGGAUGAAGAAAGAGAAAAGAAAAUGACGGCUGUCCUUCCGUAUCUUCAAGUAAUCUUCAAACCCCAGAAGAAAAUUGCUCAAUUACUCCCUAACCCCAAGGAUCAAAGACUAAGCCUGGAAACACCAGGUGUGUACAAGAUACCUUGCGUCUGCGGAAAAGUGUACAUAGGAGAAACCGGGAGAAAGAUCAGUACACGGAUCAAGGAACACCAGAGGUGUGCCAAAUACAGCCACUUUUCACAAUCAGCCUUGGCGGAACAUUGGAUGGAGACUGGACAUGCCGUGCAGUAUGAUAAGUCUACCAUGUUGGUCUCGUCACAAGGCUACUUCGCCAAAAAGUAUCGGGAAGGUCUGGAAAUCUUGAAACAUCCUGACAACCUCAACCGCGACAAAGGCCUUCAAGUAAAUUCUAUUUGGCAUACCGUUUUCCCGGGUUUUUUAAUUGACCGGCCGGUCAAUCAAAACGCUCCGAUUGGCUGA